AUGAACUGUACCGACCUGGAUCCAGGUCAUGAAGGUUGUGUGAGGGUUCUCCUGGAGCAGAAAGGCUGCCGAUGCAUCGAUGGAAACCCCUUCACCCCUCUGCACUGCGCUGUGGUCAAUGAUCAUGAACCGUGUGCGGCGCUGCUGCUGGAAGCCAUGGGGUCGGACAUCACCAGCUGUAGAGACUCCAAGGGAAGAACUCCUCUUCACGCUGCAGCGUUCUCGGGUCACGUGGACUGUGUCCAGCUGCUGCUCUCGCAUGAUGCACCUGGAGACACCGUGGACGAAUCGGGUCGCACAGCUCUGAUGAUGGCGGCAGAGAAAGGACGAGUGGCGGCUCUGGAGGUUCUGCUGAGCGGCGCCGACCUCAGUCUGACCGAUAAGGAUGGAAACACGGCGCUGCACUUGGCCUGCAGUAAUGGGAGAGAAGACUGUGUGAUGUUGAUUCUGGAGAAAUUCUCAGAUUCUUCGCUUAUAAACGCCACAAACGCAGCGCUGCAGACUCCUCUGCACCUGGCAGCUCGCAGCGGUUUGAAGCAGGCGGUUCAGGAGCUUCUGUCCAGAGGAGCAAACAUCCAGACGGUGGAUGAAAACGGUCUGACUCCUGCUCUGGCUUGUGCUCCGAGCAGAGAGGUGGCCGACUGUCUGGCUCUGAUUCUGGCCUCCAUGAUGCCUUUGUGCUCCCCUUGCAGCUCCGGGGCUCCGUCCCCAGGCGCCCUGCUGAGACAGCUGCCCCGCCGGGGGAGCAAAGGGCCGGCCAGCGGCCCCCGGGGGCCCCGCGGCCCCAGCAACCCCUCGGGACCCUCCAGCGAGGGAACCACCGAGAACGACUCGGAGGACUCGGAAACCUUCUGACCGAGUCUCCGGCCUCCUACCUCCGGCUGUGCACCUGAACGCAUCACCUGCUGACCAGAUGGAGGCAGCUACGGUGCCCCAGGAGGGUCAAUAUUCAGAAUGUCACGAGUUCUAACAGGAAAAACACAGAAAUACUCCAUCUGUGAAGUAGAAAAACUGUUAAUAUAUCAGUUUAUCCUUAUUUUCAUAAAUAUUCUCAGUGACUUCUAAACUAUCAGCUCUAAAUAAAUAGAAACAAUAAUGAAGAUUUACUGAUUAGAGCUGACAGGAUUCACCAAUUUAAUCACUAAACUGUCAAAUAUUAAAUUAGUCAUGAACUGUUUAAUAAUCUAUUGAUCAGGUUGAAUCAUUAAAGUGUUCAGGAGGAAUAAUAAUAAUUCAGAUUUCAUCUUCAGUGUGAAUAUUUUCUGACUUCUUUCCUCUGACAGUAAAAUCCAGGAAAUAAAUGAACUGAGUCAAGGAAUUAUUAAUGGUAGCUCAACAUUAAGGAUGCUAACUAGCUAACCAGCUAAUUAGCUAACCAGCUAACUAGCUAACCAGUAGCAGGUUGAAUAGUUCAAACAGCAGCUCAUAAACAGUUGGACCUGAAACCAGUGAAUAUUUAGUUUAAUCUUCAGUUUGAAGAACAUUAAAUUAUUUUCUCACAAAAUACAAAAAAUCCUGAAACUGUCGUCAGGAUUCGAUGUUUAACAGCAAACAUCAGACGUGUUUGCUUUUAAAAGUUCAGAUUAUCUGAUUGAUCAGUAGCUAAUCAAUAAAUGACAGCAGCUCUAACAGGAAACAGAAAGUAGCAGAAGAAACUACAAUAUAAGAUAAAAAUUGGAAACAGAAUUAUACUGAAGCCUAGUCAGUCUGAAAAUGACUGAGUUUGUUUUAAACAAUUAAUAAAUAAAGUAUUGAUUAGUUAAAUAUUGAUCCUCUGGGGCUCCGCCUGCUGGAUCUGGAUCUGGAUCUGAGGACCACCAAGUGAUUCAACCUCCAGGGACUGAACAGCUGCAACCUGCUGCUGCAUGAAGAAGAACUCAACCCACACCAGUUCUGGUUCUGGUCCUGGCCCUAGUUCUGGUCUGGGUCUACAUGCUAGUGUUGGGUCCCCCCAGCUGGUCCUUCUUGGGUGCUAACCUCCACACCUCGGUUCUUUGGUUCUUCUGAGACUCUUUUUAAAGCCAUUUUUAACUGUUUGUACAAAAUGAAGUAGAAGAUUCUGAGUACUUUUAAA